AUGUUGAUCCACAUGCAGCACGUCGCUGCCGCAGUCCUGUGGAACCCCAGGGGCUGUGAUGGCCUGAUGGGGCGAGAAGAGCAGGUCCGUGUUUGCCGGCAGCAGGUGGAAGCCAGAGGCACGGACCUGGCUGUCCUCGAGCGCCAGCGCCAGUUUCACUCUUGCCACUGGAACUGCUCCACCCUGCAGAGGCUGCAGGUUUUCGGCAAGGCCACCAUCCAAGGCACACGGGAGUCUGCUUUCAUCCACGCCAUCUCUGCUGCCGGCAUUGCUUUUGCUGUGAGCCGUGCCUGCAGCCGGGGGGAGCUGCACAAGUGUGGCUGCCACCACAAGGUCCGAGGAGUCACCCCUGAAGGUUUCCAGUGGUCAGGCUGCUCUGAUAAUGUGUCCUACGGGAUUGCCUUCUCUCAGGCCUUCGUGGACAGCCCUGAGAGGAGCCGUGGUGUCUCCUCCAGCCAAGCGCCCAUGAAUCUGCACAACAAUGAGGCUGGGAGGAAGGCUCUCCUGGCCCACAUGAAGGUGGAGUGCAAGUGCCAUGGCGUGUGGGGCUUCUGCGAGGCGCGCACCUGCUGGAAGGUCAUGCCUCCCUUCCGCCACGGGGGCAACGUCCUCAAGGAGAAGUCUGAGUGGGCAACAGAGGUUUAUCCGAAGCGGGUCGGUUCCCGCCAGUUCCUGCUGCCCAGGAGCUCUCGCUUCAAGCCCUACACGCCUCACGACCUGGUCUACCUGCGGCCCAGCCCGGACUUCUGCGGCCGGGACCCCGGGCACGGCAUCUUCGGCACCUCGGGCCGCCGGUGCAAGCGGACUCCGCCGGCCGUGGGCGGCUGCGAGCUGCUGUUGGGCAGGGCCUUGGGCACGGCCCGGGCCGAGCUGGCGGAGCGCUGCAGCUGCAAGUUCCGCUGGUGCUGCUCCGUCCAGUGCAAGCAGAGCCGGCACCUCGCGGAGCUGCACGGGUGCCGCUGA